UCUCUAGCAUCUGCUUUCUCAAUUCUCUCUCCGUCCCAUCUCUCCGUCCCAUCCAGAUCCCUUUGUGCUGGAGAGGAGGGAGAGACACAAGAGAAUAUUUAAUAUACCCUUCAUCAGAAUACUUUUUGUAUUCAUUUCAUCUUUAUCAUAUCCGUCCCAUCCAGAUCCCUUGGUGCGGGAGAGGAGGGAGAGACGCAAGAGAAUAUCCAGAUCCCUUUGUGCUGGAGAGGAGGGAGAGACGCAAGAGAAUAUUUAAUAUACCCUUCAUCAGAAUAUUUAAUAUACCCUUCAUCAGAAUACUUUUUGUUUUCAUUUUAUCUUUAUCAUAUUCACAUCAAAUUUUCAUCAUCAUUAAAUUUAUUUUUGUGGAAUGGAAUUCUUCUUAAAGGCAAAAGUGGUGCGUCUGCGGAGUCACCACGAUAAAUAUAUGUUGGCCAAUGAAGAUCAAGAAAAUGUUUAUCAAGAUCGAAAUGGUUGCUAUGACAACGCAAAAUGGACCGUCGAGUUAUUGGGGAGCAACAACAAUAAUGUUAUAAGAUUAAAGAGUUGUUAUGGAAAAUACCUAACGGCUUCAAACAUGCCAUUUCUUUUGAAAAGCACAGGUAAACAAGUGUUGCAAACUUUACCUAAAAGAUUAGGUUCAUCGGUUGAAUGGGAACCUAUUAGGGAUGGUGUUCAAGUGAAACUAAGAACACGUUAUGGACAAUAUCUUCGUGGAAAUGGAGGAUUACCACCUUGGAGAAACACAAUAACACAUGAUCUUCCUCGUAGAACCGCAACGGUAAAUUGGAUUUUAUGGGAUGUCGAUAUUGUCGAACUUAGACCAAAAGAGGGGGGACAAAUUCCUAAGCCAAGGCCAAGGCCUACACCUAUUAUACCUCCAAUGCGAUGUCUCAAUGAUUCAAUUACAGAAACAAUGGAUAAUUCAUUUCCUUUUCCGUCUCCAUCGUCAUUCUCGGAUUCAGAUAAUGGACCCCUCGUCAAGAUCGAUCUAAAGUCUCCUCGAUCACCUGAGGUUGAAUCCGAAGAUUUAGACUAUCCAUCUCCAUCGCCGAUGAAAGAAGGGAGGGUUAUAUUCUACGACAUUGGUAAUGAAAAUGGUGAAGUUGUUGAUGAAAAUAAAGCAUCGUUCUUUACCUUUAGAGGAAGUAGUUUGGAGGAGUUGAAGGAGAAAUUGAAGGAAGAAACUCAACUUGUUGAUAUUCUUGUGUGUUGUCGCAAUCCUUUGAAUGCUAAACUUUACCCUAUUCUUUUGCAUCUACCUCCUAACAAUACUGAUAUGCAUGUUGUUGUUGUUCCUUCUUCAUUUAAAGCCAAUUGA